GCCUCCACCGGUCGGCCACCGCUCAAAGCCGCCGCGGUUUGUUAACUGUGCCGUGGCCAUACCAAGCUACUUUCUCCGUCCUAUCUUCUAUCCAACGCAGCAAUUCUCGCGGCACUGCAAACUAUCUGCUGGCAACCUAAGUAUGAAUUAAAUGCACCGCUAUUCCUGCUCAAAUAUCCGCCACUGACCACACCUUUCAGGAUUCACGCCGUCACGCAGAAGCCGCACCGCCUGACUAUCGACCGCAGCAGAGCACUUAAACAACGAUGGACUACGAAGCUCUUAAGGAGCAAUGGAGCGAGGUCGAGGACCGCGAUGGAGUUCGCCUGAGUUGGAACGUGUUUCCUAGCUCUCGUAUGGAAGCAUCGCGCUUGGUCGUGCCGAUCGGGGCCAACUACACUCCCCUCAAAGAAAAGCCCGACACACCACUCCUCCAAUUCGAACCGGUGACUUGCAAGCAACCUUGUCGCUCCGUCCUCAAUCCUUUCUGCUCUGUGGACGUAAGAGCCCGUCUCUGGAUCUGUCCGUUCUGCCUAUCGCGGAACCCUCUUCCGCCCCAUUACAAAGACAUCACCGCCAAUGCCAUCCCCCCUGAACUUCACCCCUCCAACACUACGAUCGAGUAUCGGCUCUCGCGGCCGGCGCCAAGCCCUCCCAUCUUCCUCUAUGUUGUCGACACCUGCCAAGAGGAUGAUAGCCUGGCUGCGCUCAAGGAGUCAUUGGUCAUGAGCCUGAGCCUGCUACCCGAAAAUGCACUUGUUGGCUUAAUCACAUAUGGCACGAUGGCACAAGUUCACGAAAUCGGCUACACUGAAUGCGCGAAAUCAUAUGUGUUUCGCGGUAGCAAAGACUACUCCGCGAAGCAGGUGCAGGAGAUGCUCGGCUUGCUCUCCCCAGCAAUGCGACCCGGCAUGCCCCAGCAACAACCUGGAAGGCCUAUGCCCGCAGGCCCUGCGUCGAGAUUUCUGCUGCCCGUUCAGCAGGCCGAGUUUCAGCUGACGAAAGCUUUGGAGCAGCUACAGAAAGAUCCAUGGCCCGUAGCCAACGACCGCAGGAGUCUGCGCUGCUCCGGCGUUGCUCUCAGUGUCGCAGUAGGACUCCUUGAGUCUUCAUUCCAGCACGCCGGUGGUCGCAUCAUGCUCUUCGCUGGUGGACCGGCAACAGAGGGACCCGGCAUGGUAGUUGGCCCGGAGCUGAGAGAGCCCAUUCGAUCGCACCACGACAUUGACCGUGACAACAUCAAGUACUACAAGAAGGCACUCAAGUUCUACGAUAUCCUGGCCAAGAGGACUGCUCAUAAUGGCCACAUCAUUGAUAUAUUCGCGGGUUGUCUUGAUCAAGUCGGUCUCUUAGAGAUGAAAGGCCUCUGCAAUUCCACCGGUGGCCACAUGAUUCUGACCGACAGUUUUACUUCCUCUAUGUUCAGGCAAUCAUUCAUUCGCGUGUUUGAAAAGGAUGGUGACGACAAUUUGCUGAUGGGCUUCAAUGCUACGCUCGAAGUACUCACCACUAAAGAGUUAAAGGUUACUGGACUGAUAGGCCAUGCCAUUUCUCUUAACAAGAAAUCGACAUCGGUUGGAGAGACGGAAUGUGGCAUAGGCAAUACAUGCUCAUGGAAGAUGUGCGGCAUCGACCCCAACGCAAGUUACGGCGUAUACUUUGAAAUUGCAAGUCAGGGAGGCCCUACACAGCAUCAGCAAACGCCACAGAAGGGCAUGAUUCAAUUCCUCACCUACUACCAACACUCGUCCGGUCAAUUCCAUCUGAGGGUUACGACAAUUGCCAGAAAUCUCAGUGGACCAGCUGGCGAUCCAGCUAUUGCACAAUCGUUCGACCAGGAAGCUGCUGCUGUCCUGAUGUCUCGCAUUGCAGUGUUCAAGGCCGAAGUUGAUGACGGUCCGGAUGUCUUGCGCUGGGUUGACAGGAUGCUUAUCAGACUCUGCUCCCGCUUUGCAGACUACCGGAAAGAUGAUCCAUCCUCCUUCCGGCUCGAGAAGAACUUUACACUGUAUCCCCAGUUCAUGUUCCAUCUCCGGAGGAGUCAAUUCCUACAGGUCUUCAACAACUCCCCCGACGAGACGGCCUUCUAUCGCCAUGUCCUUAACCACGAGGACGUAAGCAACUCGCUCAUCAUGAUACAGCCCACGUUAGACUCGUACACGUUUGAUCAGGAGGGUGGCCAACCUGUGUUGCUGGACUCGACUUCUAUUCAACCCACCCAUAUCCUUCUUCUCGACACCUUCUUCCACAUUCUCAUUUUCCACGGCGAGACGGUCGCCGAGUGGCGCAAGGCGGGAUACCAGGAUCAAGAGGGCUAUGAAAACUUUGCAUCUCUGCUCGAGCAGCCCAAGGAAGAUGCAAGAGAUCUCAUCACCGAUAGAUUCCCACUUCCUCGAUUCAUUGUUUGUGAUGCUGGAGGUUCUCAAGCCAGAUUCCUUCUGUCGAAGCUCAACCCGUCGACCACCCACACUACUGGGGCUUAUGGCGGUGUGGGUGCGCAAAACGCCCAGACUAUCUUCACUGAUGAUGUGUCUCUGCAAACCUUCAUGGACCAUCUCAUGAAGCUGGCCGUGAGCGGCACAAACUAAAUUAGUUGCCUAUCGUCAUGGGCCGAAGGAGGAUAUCGGUGCCAGCAAAGACGUGGUGGCCGUCUUGGUCGUGCCAAGAGACGACAAAUCCACUAGAAGGGGGAUGAAGGGCGCAAUCGCAAACUCGGAGUCUGGAUGUUUCUGGCAUAUAAGACUUCUGACUUUGCUGUAGUUAUGAAGACAGAUGCCAAUGAACACUGAAGAAAUCCGUGUAAAGAUUUCACUUACGCGGCCAAUGCCAAAAAUAGACCUUGCAGUCUGUGAAAUCUAUCAGAUUGAACCAUGAGAGCAAGGCAAAUGAGCCGAUAAGUUAAGCGGUGUUGAGACUCUACCCGAGCCAAGGUAUUCGAGGAGACCUACGUACCCGACGCAACUGUGUUCGAUCUGGUACAUGUGAAGCGUGAUAGAGUGGGGAUGUAUGGUAGCUGAAGAACCCCGCCCCCACCAAGACGAUUGAUUCUCUACAAGGUACGGAGUGGGAGCGUAGGGAGGCAAGAUAAUGCACGGUGUACAUCAGGUGGGCACCUGUAUCCCCAAAUAUCCCUUGGUAGGGCAGUACCGCAAUUGAUGAGGCGC